AUGUAUAUGAUUUUUAGACAACUAUGUUUUAAAAGUAAAUUUAGACAAAAUAUAAAAAAAAAACAAAAUAACACUUUAAAAGUUAAAGAAUCUAUAAAUUCUUUAUUUAAACCAGUUCCUGUAAAAGAAAAUUCAGAUAAUGCAAUUGGUAUUGAAUUAACUGGUAGUUUAAAUAAACGUAAAAUUAUACAAAUUUUAUGCGAUUUUGCACAGAAGGAAGAAAUUAAAGAAUUAACUAUAAAUUAUGGAUUAGAUGAGUUAAUUUUUAACUCAGCUAUGGCAAAUUUUCGAAAAUAUUGUAUAGAAUCCAAUAAUUUACCUACAGAUCUUCAUAUUGUUUUAAGUGAUAUUAUGAAUGGUGCAGGAAAUAUUUUAGAUAUAUAUCCUUAUUUUUUGAAUUUUAUUAAAAAAAUGUAUCCACAUAUUGAAUGUUUAGAUGAAUUGAAAAAAAUCAGUGAUUUACGAAAUCCAUCUAAAUGGUAUCCUAUAGCACGAUCUAAAAAGAGAAAAAUUAUAUUUCAUGUUGGACCUACAAAUAGCGGUAAAACCUAUCAUGCUUUACAAAGAUUUAUGUCAGCAAAAAGUGGUGUCUAUUGUGGACCAUUAAAAUUAUUAGCUAAUGAAGUUUUUAAUAAAUGUAAUUCUAUGGGUACACCUUGUGAUUUAAUAACAGGAGAAGAACAUAGAUAUGCAAAAGAUAUAACAUGUCCUGCUAAUCAUAUUUCAUGUUCUGUAGAAAUGACAAAUAUACAAAAUGUUUAUGAAGUAGCAGUAAUUGAUGAAAUUCAAUUAAUACGUGAUCCAACUAGAGGUUGGGCAUGGACAAGAGCUCUUCUUGGUCUUGCUGCAAAUGAAAUACAUUUAUGUGGUGAAUCUGCUGCUAUACCCAUAAUACAAUCAAUAUGCUUAACAACAGGUGAAUCAGUAGAAAUAAAGGAAUAUAAACGAUUGACUCCACUUGAAAUAGAAAAUUCAGCACUUUAUUCUCUAAAAAAUAUUCAACCAGGAGAUUGUAUUGUUUGUUUUAGUAGAAACGAAAUAUUCGCUGUUUCAAAUGCUAUUGAAAAAAUGGGACAUCAAGUAGCUGUAAUAUAUGGUAGUUUACCACCAGGCACAAAAUUAGCGCAAGCUACAAGAUUUAAUAAUCCUGAAGAUCCUUGUAAUAUAUUAGUAGCUACUAAUGCAAUAGGAAUGGGUCUUAAUUUACAUAUUCGCAGAAUUAUAUUUUAUAGUUUAGUUCAACCAACUAUAAAUGAAAAAGGAGAAAUAGAUAUUGAUACAAUUUCAGUAUCAUCUGCAUUACAAAUAGCAGGUCGUGCUGGACGUUAUGGAACACAAUGGUCUAAAGGAUUUGUAACAACUUACAAACCUGAAGAUUUGUCUUUAUUAAAAAAUUUAUUAGAACAAACCCCGCAAGAUAUUCAACAAGCUGGACUUCAUCCAACUGCAGAUCAAAUAGAAUUAUAUUCUUAUUAUUUACCAAAUGCACCAUUAUCAAAUCUCAUUAAUAUUUUUAUUGCAUUGUCUGAAGUUGACAAUUCUUUAUAUUUUAUAUGUAAUUUAGAUGAUUUUAAAUUUCUUGCUGAUAUGAUACAACAUAUACCUUUGCCUCUUUCUCUGCGAUAUUUAUUUUGUUGUGCACCAGUUAAUAGAAAAAUACCUUUAACGUGCAGUAUGUUUCUAAAGUAUGCUCGACAAUGUAGUAAAAAUGAGCCAGUAACUAUUUUAUGGUUAUGCCAGCAAAUUCAAUGGCCUCCCGAAAUACCAUCGAAUCUUAUUGAGCUUUUACGUUUAGAAGGUAUAUUUGAUAGCCUAGAUGUUUAUCUUUGGUUAAGUUAUCGGAUAUCAAAUUUAUUUCCUGAUGAAGAUUCAGUUAGGAAAUUGCAACGUGAAUUAGACAAAAUUAUUGAGGAGGGAAUUAAAAAAAUAACAACAUUAUUUCAAAAGUCGAAAACAGGUACUUUGGAAAAUAAUGAGCAACAGUCAUUUGAAAAUUUUGAAACACUAAAUGAUAACCAUAUAAACCAAUCAAAAGAAAAAUUAAGUAAUAGGUUAAUAUCUCGAGGUCUUUUAACGCCAAAAAUGUUAGAACAAUUAAGGAUAGAAUGGUCUAUGGAACGUUCACAAAAUACGAAGAACAAUAAAAUUAAAUAUGAAGAUAAACCUAAAUUUCGUAAGUGAAAAAGUGGUUUAAUGUUAAUUAAUUAUAUAAUUAAAUUAAAUAAAAUUUAUAGAAUGAUGUAAAGUAAUAUUAAAAUGUAAAGUGACUAUUAUUCAAAUUAAAGAGACAAACAACAUUUUUAUAAUAAUUUUACAUAUAUUUUCAAAACAAUUUAAUUGUAAUUCUAUAUAUAAUGUUCUUCACAAAUAAUUAAGGUAGAGAAUGUAAUUAAAAAUUGUACUUUUUAAAAAUUUUUAUUUAAAAUUA